AAAGUGUUGUGACAAAAAGAAAUAAAAGAAAACAGUGCAAAUGCCUACAACUUGCAUAAUAAAAAAUUGUGGUUCGGGCAAUGGUGAAUAUAGAAAAUCCCAAGUGCAUAAAAGUUUUUUUUCACCAUGUACGGACGAAAUGUUAAAUGUUUGGUUUGAUGCCGUUUCAUCAUAUACGAUCAAACCGUUAACAAAAAAGAAAAAAAUUUGCGAAUUGCAUUUCCGUGCUGAGGAUAUUGAGAGGGAUUUUGUGACAAAAUUAAAAGAUGGUACACUUCAUAAGUUACCACGAAGGAAGCCAUUGCUGAAAAAAGAUGCUGUGCCACAAUUUUUUCCAAAUAAAUGUAUAAAGUACACUUAUGUCAUACAUGUGUGUUUAUCACAAGGUCAUUUAUCUCAACUAGACGAUCAUGCAUGGAGUAGUAUAAGGAGACCGAAUUGCGCUUAUCGUCGUGCUCAAGGCCGACUGGGAUGCCUGGGUCCUUAG